UUGAAUAUUUUACCUGAAUUUUUUAAUUUUUCAGUCAACAGAAAUCAAAUUGUUCGCUUGUACAGUCGCUUCUUGUCGCUCGAUAAGAAAGGUCAAGGAUUCCUAUCGCGCGACGACUUCUUGAAUGUUCCAGAGUUGGCAGUUAAUCCUUUAGGCGAUCGUAUCGUAGAUGCUUUCUUUACUUUAGCUGGCGAGAAUGAACAACAGCUGAAUUUCCGCCAAUUCGUUCGAAUUCUAGCGCAUUUCCAGCCUAUAAACCGAUCGAAAAAGAACGCACUAAAUGGAAGAAAAGAAAAACUGAAGUGUGAGUUGGUUUCCUUUUCAACUAUAUCUAUAACUGGGUUUGUCAUUGGCGAUAACGUCCACUGGGUGAUGUGUGUAUCGAAUCUCUAUUGUCUUGUGUUGGUGACUGACCAGUCACGCUAAUU